AUGGAAAGAAAGAGACCACUACUUCCCUUCUUUCUUGGACCGCCGGCGCGAACACAGUGGUCGGGGUGGCUGGUGGUUUCGGGAUCCCGUAGAAAUGCUUCUUUUAUGCCUCGGGUAUUAGCCACAGCUCGUAUUCAUUCAGUCAUUUUACCCCUUCUUCAUUCUUGGACCUCGUUUCUGAAUAUUCUGACUUUUCCAUGCUGUGUCUCAGGAACCUUUUCAAUACGGUCCGGAUUGCUAGCUCCCGUUCAUAGUUUUGCUACAGAUGAUACACGAGGAAGAUUUUUAUGGCGGUUCUUCCUGAUAAUGACCGGCAUAUCAAUGAUUCUUUUCUCCCAGAUGAAGCAGCAGGCAUCGGUCCGUAGAACCUAUAAAAAAGAGAUGGUUGUGGCGCGAAGUACUCUUGUGCACCUACGUCACUCGGCUCGCGCGCAACCCCGCCCCCUGAAAUUAUGGAAGAAUUGAACUUCUUGCAGGGCUGCUUAUUCAGAGCCAGCAAUUGGUCGUCCCGCAAGAAUGAAUAUAGUAUUUUGACUGGAAUUCAGAGGUCCGACUAUCCUGGGAAGUAUAUAGACUAGAGCAGUCCGCCCCUACAGCCUUUGAUCAGUCGAUUUGGAAGAUGGGAAAGGUAGCUUGCUUCCAAGCCACUGCACUAGAUGCGCAUGUAGUCGUAGUAGUCGGCUCAGAAUGCCUCUCUUCUAUACUCAAAUACGGAUGAGGAUGAAUGGGGUCUUUGCUCUGCAAAAUCAGGCAGACGAGUAUACCAUUUCUGAUUUUCAUGCUUUUCUCGCUUGAGAAUAGUAUAUGAGCGGAGCGAGAGCGACUAGAGUUGACUUCAGGAAUAGAGGUUUUUGAUGUAGUUGCCCACGUUUUUGCUUUUUUCAUCGAGAUUGGGUUGGCCGCGAGAGUUCUCUUUCAAGGUAGCCCUUCCCCACUCGGGUUCUUUUUUCCUCAACUGAAAUCAACAAGAGAAAGAUCUCAUGAAAGAGUGAAUCCGAUUUCUCCUGUUCUUGG